AUGCCACCAUCUAAUAUUCCACUUUUGCCAUCAAAUAUUAUUCAAGUUCAAUUUGUUGGUAUAUUUGGAUCAUGGAUUCAAUGUUAUUCGCCUUGUAAAAGAAAGUAUACAUGUAUUUUUAAAGGUGAAAGUGCUGAUACAACAAUGGCAAUGAUAUUACAAGAUACUGAAUGGAGUGGACAAUGGUAUAAGUUUGAUCAAAAAGUAUAUGUAAUGCUAUAUUUUCUGUCACUAUCAAAUUUUCAAAGAGUGCCUGAAAUAAAAAUAGAAUGGUAUACUGAAACAUUAACCGAUACUCACCAGAAUACAAUUUCUACUGGAUUUAUUACUAUUAAAUUUCAAGUUGAUACUAUUAGCUAUCAAGUUCAACGCUAA